UGCGCACUGAGCUAAUUAAAGUAUCCUCUUAUGAAAAGAUCACAUCAUCCGUAUCAUGUUUUAAACCGUUGUUCCAAAAACAGUGUUCCAUAUCUUAAAUUGCGAUGUUCAGGUCAUACUUUUAUAUACACAUCCCAUAUUAACGUGCAUUUCGACUCACCUUUUACAUAAGCAAAGGUGAUACUGUUUCUCUGUCGUUGAAUCAACCUUAUCAGUUUUCACUAAAACCAACAAUAGUCCUUCUGAAUUCGAACACCAAAUUAGUUACCUCAGCGCCUUCAAGACAACUAAAACCGUACGCGAUAGCAAGACCACUGUAUUGGGAAAAUAUACUAAAGUUAUCAUGUAGUGGCUCGUGGUUCUCGACUCCAUUUUAUGAGCGUAUAAAUGUUUGCCAUCACCUAUUCUCGUAUAUCAGGGUCGACUUAAAUCGCGUUUGUCAAUAACCGAAUUAAAUAAGUCGAAUAACGAGAAUUGAUUUGUGAAUGCAUAUAUUUUGUACAUGAAGCGAAUGAAGCACAGCAAAGCAAAAAUCACACGUAUGGAAGAUGGCUGGGAAGCCAACUCCAUUUUAAUUAAGCGUUACUCAGUAUUUAUAGGCAGACAACAUAAACUACAGACAUGUGGUGAAUCGUGGGACAUGAAGUGUACACACAUAUACGCUCAUGUGAAAACAGUCAAGGCUAAUAAGCGAAUAAUUGACAAGGUCAAAAUAUGGCUCAAGUAAAAUGAAUAAAAUAGGAUGUCCGUAAGUUAGAAUAAGGUAUAUGGGCUUGCAAUAAUAACUGAAACUACAUUGUGGAGAUAGACCUGACAACCUUAUUUUGUAAAUAGUUUUCAAUGUUAUUUCUAUUUGUUUUGUCAAUUUUUCACUGUAUGUACAUUUAUCAUUAAAUGACUGUACGUGUUGUUUUAGUCAACGACCUUGAACGCUUUUUCCGUUGUAAUUCUAACAUAGCGUGACACACAUUUUCGAUUGUUCACAAAUACACUAUUACGCACAUACCCAUUGUUCUAUUCUCGCUCGUUACCAAGUCAAUUGCGUUCUAAACUGGAUAUUAUCCUCAUUUCAGACUGCAGUGUCAUUCCCAUUAUAUCCUACAUCAAAGAAACUUAUUGGCGUCAUAUUUACCUCUGUGGAAUUAUUAUGCAUUUAUAAUUGUGGAUUUUUGAGACCAAAACUCAACAGAACACGCAACGACUAGCCGAUUUAAGUAACGUCCCUAAUUUGUUAUUGCAUUUGUAACAUUUAACUUGUAAAUAUUAAUAUUACUAUUGAUUGCUAUUAACUUUGUUGAUACUUUUGCGUUUAUAUAUUGUUUGGUCCACCACAAUUAUUUGGUGAGCCUCGAUUAUUUUUUUAUAGACAUUUACUAUAUAUAUCUACAUAAUUUUUUUAUUAUUAUUAAUCGGCACGACACCAUAUUUUUGUUUUUGUCAUUAUGAACUCUCCGGGUAAACUUAUUGAUAUUGAUAGUUCACCGACCAACCUUCUAAACUCUCCACAACCAGAGGAUAAUGUUUUAAACUCAAUCAACGCUAUCUCGGAACUAAGAUUACCAACGUACGGUGUUAAUAAUCCCAGGAUCUGGUUUGCACAGGUUGAGGCAUUAUUUUUGUCGAGAGGUAUACGCUCGCAAGCGACAAAAUAUGCAUACAUCGUUGGAGCAUUACCCAUAGAAGUGGCAGCAGAAGUCGGAGACCUGAUAGAUAACGUACCAGAAGCGGACCCAUAUGACAAAAUAAAAGCCGCAGUAAUCCACCGUACUUCGCAGUCUGAUGAAAAACGCUUACAGCAACUACUCACCGCAUACGAGUUAGGGGACAAAAGACCUUCACAGUUGCUUAGACAUAUGAGACAACUAGCAGGUUCAUACAAGUUAGACGAAGCAUUACUUAAGCAGAUGUGGUCACAAAGGUUACCUUAUAGCGUCAGACAAAUUCUCAGCGUAUCAGGAGCCACUGUCAGUCGUGAUGAUUUAGCAGACAUGGCCGAUAAGAUAAUAGAAAUAUAUCCCGAUAGUCGGGGAAUUAACGCUGUACAAUCCGCUAGUAGAGAUGCUAUGAACCCUAUUCUUGACAUGCAGCAACAAAUGGCACACUUAACACGGCAGCUAGCAUCACUGCAGGCGACUAUCUCCACCAUCCAUUCUCGACGCCCCAGAUCUAGGUCCAGAAGGAGAUCAGUAUCCAGACAUCGUCUUAGGUCACCUAAGCGGGCAGCCGGAAUUUGUUGGUAUCAUUCGAAUUAUGGUGAGAAAGCACGUCGUUGCACAAAACCGUGCAACUUCACGGCAAGCAAGCCAGACCAUCAGGGAAACGAAGUGGCCAGACAGUAAUAGCGGCAGCUGUUACUGGCCAACAUGUCAGCCGCCUCUUCCACAUCAGGGAUCGUAUUUCUGGCUCAGACUUCUUAGUCGAUACUGGAGCAGAAAUCAGCAUCAUCCCACUCCAUCUCUCACGCAGACAACAUACGACAAGCACUAAAUUGUCCUUGGUAGCGGCUAACGAAUCAGUUAUCAAAACUUAUGGAGAACAAUCUCUUAUAUUAGAUCUCGGGCUCCGUAGAAGAUUCACAUGGGUAUUCAUAGUUGCUCAAGUCAAACGACCCAUCCUCGGGGCCGAUUUUCUUAGUGCGUACAACCUGUUAGUUGAUAUGACCAACAAGAGAUUAAUCGACGUAAACACACGUUUACAGGUAAAUGGUACACUCUCCAACGACAACGAGAUCCAUGGUGUUCGAAUAAUGAAACCUGUGAACAACAUCUUCAACGACAUUCUAACAGAAUACCAGUGCAUUACGAAAUCAGAUUACCAAAAGGAAGGUAACCCACAGCUGGUACAACACCAUAUCACUACCACCGGACCACCUAUUAGCGCCAGGGCGAGGAGACUACCACCAAGCAAGUUGCAAGUAGCUAAAAGAGAAUUCGAACAUAUGAUGCAACUUGGUAUUAUCAGACCAUCCAACAGCCCCUGGGCCUCGCCGUUACACAUGGUACCAAAGAAGGACCAAGAUUGGCGUCCGUGUGGUGACUAUCGACGAUUAAAUAAUCAAACCAUCCCGGAUAGGUAUCCUAUUCCACAUAUACAUGACUUCGCGUUAAAUUUACAUGGUAAAUGCAUCUUCUCGAAGCUCGACUUAGUGCAUGCAUACUAUCAAAUUCCGAUGGCACCAGAAGACAUCGAGAAAACAGCCAUCAUCACACCCUUUGGCCUGUUUGAGUUUCUAAGGAUGCCAUUCGGAUUAAAAACGCUGCGCAGACAUUCCAACGCUUCAUGGAUAACGUAACAAGAGGCCUUGAUUUCGUGUUUGCAUACAUCGACGAUGUUCUCAUUGCAAGCUCAUCUUUAGAAGAGCAUAUCCAACAUGUCCAGACCCUUUUUGAUCGUUUUAAAAAACAUGGCGUCGUCAUCAAUCCUUCGAAAUGCAUAUUCGCAGUCCCAGCCUUAGAGUUUUUAGGGCAUUACAUUGACUCUCAAGGCAUCAAACCACUCCCAGAAAAGGUUGAAGCUAUUACCAAUUAUCCCGAACCAACCUCGGUGAAGUCAUUACGACGCUUCCUCGGUAUGUGUAAUUUUUACCGCCGUUUCUUACGACAUUGUGCUGAAGUAUUACAGCCAUUAACCGAUCUGUUGAAAGCCGACAAAAAAGGUACGAAGAGAGAGAAGAAUCAAACAUUCAACCUAUCUCUUGAUGCCAAAACAGCGUUUGAAAAAUCAAAGUCGAUGAUAGCUAAUGCCACCAUGCUACAAUAUCUAAAUACUGACCCCACAACCCACUUAAUUCUGUGUACCGAUGCAUCUCAAAAAGCCGUCGGGCAGUAUUACAACAACAGGUAAACAAUAUGACUACCCCCAUAGCGUUUUUCUCCAAAAGAUUGUCACCAGCCCAGGAACGCUAUAGUACCUUUGGACGGGAGUUACUUGCUAUCUACUUAGCCGUUAAACACUUUAACUUUUUACUACAAGGACGAACUUUUACCAUCAUGACCGAUCACAAACCUUUAUGUUACUCAUUCCACACAUCGUACGACCGACAUUCACCUCGCGAAGCACGACAACUGGAUUACAUCUCCCAGUUUACGACAGAUAUCCAAUUUGUCAAAGGACACACCAACGUCGUAGCUGACGCAUUGUCACGUAAGGACGUAAAUACCCUGUUACGUAAACAAGACAUCGAUCUAGAAACCAUCGCAAAACUACAAGUAGACGAUGCAGAUUUGAAGGCCUGCCAGGAGAAGUCUAACUUGAACCUUAAACCAGUACCCAUCCCUUUCUCAAAUACAUCUAUCAUUUGCGAUGUUUCAACGGGUAACAAUCGCCCUUUUGUACCUCUAGCAUGUCGUCGACAGGUAUUUCAUCAACUGCAUGACCUUUCUCACCCAGGAAUCAGAGCCACAAUCAAAUUGGUUACUGAGCGUUUUGUGUGGCCAAAAAUCAAUUCAGAUAUAAAACGAUGGACGCGAAGCUGCCUACAAUGUCAACGCAGCAAGAUUCAGAAGCACACGAUCAGUCCAGUUGGCAAGUAUCCCCUGCCGGAAAAACGUUUUCAGCAUAUCCACUUAGACAUAGUUGGUCCAUUGCCACCAUCUAAUUCAUUCACUCAUAUUCUCACUGCGGUGGACAGGUUCACAAGAUGGGCCAUAGCAUGCCCUAUUGCUGAUACUUCUGCAGAAACAGUAGCCGGCGUAUUCCUUGACCGUUGGAUAGCAAAUUACGGAGUACCUUCUAUCGUCACUACCGACCGUGGUCCCCAGUUUCAGUCUAUCUUAUUUCAGGAAUUCACAAGACUUCUGGGUGUGAACCACAUCAAAACAACAGCCUACCACCCAGCAGCUAACGGCUUGGUCGAAAGAUUUCGCCGCCAAUUGAAAAGCUCGCUGAUGGCACAAGAUGAUACGACAAAAUGGAGUGACGCAUUACCACUUGUACUCCUGGGUAUCCGUUCAACUAUAAAGGAAGAUAUAGGUUGUACAGCCGCUGAGCUAGUUUACGGUACAACCCUUACAUUACCAGGUCAACUAGUGGACCCAAACACUUUAACACCAACGGACCCAAGUCGUUUUGCUAGCCAACUGCUGCAAACCAUGCAACGAAUCAAAGCCAUACCGCCUCGUGAACAUAACAAUCGAAUACAACUCAACAGAAAUCUAGAAACAUGCAAGUUUGUCUUUGUUCGAGUUGAUGCUGUUAAAAAGCCAUUGAAACAACCUUAUGAAGGACCAUAUCAAGUAAUUAAAAGAACGACCAAACACUUCAUAAUCAACAAGUGUGGAAAGAAAGAGACUAUCGCUAUCGAUAGAAUAAAGCCUGCUUUCUACGAAGCACAACUUGACAAAGAACAUACUAUUUCACUGAACCAGCCCCGUCCAGCAACCACCACUACAGCAGACAGGGAAGAAAAACUGAGUACCAAACCUACUUGUUUAACGCGCUCAGGCAGAGCCGUAAAAAAACCCAAACGCUAUGUACAUUUCGCCGAAUAAAAAAAAUCUAAACAAACAAUUACUGAUGUACUAUACGAUUAUACUCACCCGAUUUUUCCCAACAAAAUCCAUGAUUUUUUUUUCACAGUGUACAUAAUUAACCAUAUUUUUUUUCCCACAAUUAUUCGUUUUGUCACAUUUUUUUUCAUAGAAAAAAAUUUGUUACAAUAAUAAACGAGUAAACUCUAUUUAAUUAUUCAUUUGUUGUACACACACACACACACAAAUAAGCAGUUCAUUUUUUUGGGGGGGUCAGUAACAGUCUGCACAUUAUUAUCAUUGUUAGCAAACCAAGCUUUUAAAUGACGGUAUUCUCAUUACUUUUGUUUGUCAUGCUAUGCCAUAUCACCACUAUUUUCACUCAAUAACACACUGUAUAUUGUUAACGUACAUGUCAUACGCAUCUCCACAUUGUUAAUUGGUUAUUAUUGUAAAUAUUUUUUUUUUGGUAUAAAAUUUUUAUUAUUGUUAUUGUAACCAGUGUUACCUCCGGACACUCUGGGGGGAGCUAUGUGGAGAUAGACCUGACAACCUUAUUUUGUAAAUAGUUUUCAAUGUUAUUUCUAUUUGUUUUGUCAAUUUUUCACUGUAUGUACAUUUAUCAUUAAAUGACUGUACGUGUUGUUUUAGUCAACGACCUUGAACGCUUUUUCCGUUGUAAUUCUAACAUAGCGUGACACACAUUUUCGAUUGUUCACAAAUACACUAUUACGCACAUACCCAUUGUUCUAUUCUCGCUCGUUACCAAGUCAAUUGCGUUCUAAACUGGAUAUUAUCCUCAUUUCAGACUGCAGUGUCAUUCCCAUUAUAUCCUACAUCAAAGAAACUUAUUGGCGUCAUAUUUACCUCUGUGGAAUUAUUAUGCAUUUAUAAUUGUGGAUUUUUGAGACCAAAACUCAACAGAACACGCAACGACUAGCCGAUUUAAGUAACGUCCCUAAUUUGUUAUUGCAUUUGUAACAUUUAACUUGUAAAUAUUAAUAUUACUAUUGAUUGCUAUUAACUUUGUUGAUACUUUUGCGUUUAUAUAUUGUUUGGUCCACCACAACAUAGCCCCCUUGUAGAAAAUAGCACAUUUAAAAAAUGUCGUUUUUCGAAAAUAACACUGAAGUGGUAUGAAGUUAACGUUAACAAUAAGUAGCCAAAAAAAUUGUACAACACUCGAUAAAGUACAGUGUCACAUGAGGGGUGAGCGUAUUAUAUGAAAAUGUCAUACUUAUGCAAAAGAAUACAUGAAUAUAGAAAAGGCGCGGACAAAAAUGGAAACGUUAACAUGCGAAUAUGAGCAAAUUAAUGGGCGUACAAAAAUUAACAUGUACUAAUGCUAUGACUGUCUGAACGAUAAAAUAACGUUUGUAUGAGCGAUUCAAAAUAUCGUAAAAAUAAUAAUAAAUUGUUUGUGGGUACGACAGGGAAAUAAAUCUUCGAAAUAAGUGCAGUAGAAUAUGAAAGAAAUUGGUCUGUGAUGCUGACGAAAUAGUGAAAUAUGUUAAAUAUAUGUUCUGUUGAGCCGCAGCAGAAUAAAUAGCAUCGACUAGUGAUGAGUGAAUUCGAAUUUAAAUGCGUAGUUCCCGUUCGUAGGAUAAUAGUCAAGUCGUGAAAUGAUAACUGCAUCGAUGGGUGAUAUUCGUUGCUGUACUGCAAUUGAUAAUAAUCAUAAAAUUUGAAGUCAGUGGAUGUUGUCUGCGUUAUGACAAAUGCACCGAGUUAUCGUUGAAUAUGUAUUAGUAGAAGAAUGACCAGAGGAACAGAAUAGUGACUGAGUAGACGAGGUACGUAGAGUCGUAUUCCUUUUUGGUCAUGAAGCCUAGAGUGGUUUGUGUGGUUUGAGGGAGAUGCGCUCGAUCUCGUUUGUUACAAAACCGUACCAAGGCAUGACAAAAAUACCAAUACAUAUGAUUAGUGAUGGCGACGUAUGAGACUGACUUGGAUGUGACGAACAAGAGUGUAUCUUUGAGAGACUAGCUCUAAACUCUAUGUUCUGAUAUACAGUGCGAUGGGUAUAGUCUAGUAGUUGCAGUACCCGAAUAGCGUUUUCGAGUGAUAAGUGAUGCAGCAUGUAGUUAUGCACGUGGAAGAAUAGAUAAAAUGAACGUAAUGGUUACUAAUCAGCUAGUUAGAAGCAUCCAUAGACAUAAUAGGAGGUGAUUUCGAAAUGAAAAAUGUAUGUUGUGAUAACAUAAAUUGCUGACCUCGACUAAGUGAAUGAAUGUAAUAUUAGAUCAAAAUGACAUGAAAAAAAUUGGAACGAACUCACUUAAAGCAGGAAAAUUUCACGUUUUUGAAUAGUAAAAAUAUUCCAAUGAGUUCUGGAUGUCAUUACGCGGAGUGGAAUUUUCAUAAAAUGAUAAUUUGUUCGGUGAGUGAUAUGAUUGCGAAAAUGUCAAUUUAGUGACAGCACGAACAAGAUUAAUAAUUCCACAUUCGGUCAUGAUAUUGAUAAUAAUGUAAUAAUAAGCAUAUAAUGAUAAUUUGAAUCGUAAUGGAACAAUCCGAAAAAUGUAUCAGUGAGGAUAAUUGACAUGAGGACAAAGUAUCGAUAAGAUAAUACGACUUGAGCAUGUCCAUGUCAUGUUGCACAGGCUGUGCUGAUUGCGUCGGAUUGGAGAUUGCGCUGGCUUCGCUGAAUAUGUUCGUCGAACGUAUAGAGUGCAGAAGUUCCUUCAUCGACGUAGCUUGCUGCGUUGCGUUCGUCGUCGGCGGGCUUACCAAUGUGAUGGCCCGUUGAUCUGACUCCAAGAUCGUACGAAUGUUUGUUAUCGCUGAUUCUCGUGUAUCAUCGUUGACUUAAAUCGCGUUAGUCAAUAACCGAAUUAAAUAAGUCGAAUAACGAGAAUUGAUUUGUGAAUGCAUAUAUUUUGUACAUGAAGCGAAUGAAGCACAGCAAAGCAAAAAUCACACGUAUGGAAGAUGGCUGGGAAGCCAACUCCAUUUUAAUUAAGCGUUACUCAGUAUUUAUAGGCAGACAACAUAAACUACAGACAUGUGGUGAAUCGUGGGACAUGAAGUGUACACACAUAUACGCUCAUGUGAAAACAGUCAAGGCUAAUAAGCGAAUAAUUGACAAGGUCAAAAUAUGGCUCAAGUAAAAUGAAUAAAAUAGGAUGUCCGUAAGUUAGAAUAAGGUAUAUGGGCUUGCCAUAAUAACUGACACUACAAUCACAUUAGCGCAGCGUGAUAACAUAGUUGUGGGUCAUGCGAAAGCUCGAAAUAGAAGCUGAGUGGCCCAACAUUGAACACAAUGUUGUUUGAAUCAAUAUGCUAGAGUAAUGAUUUGUAAUACAAUCAUGUAAACUGGAUAUGCGUAACUGUUAUAAAUAUCAUUCUCAAUUUCUGAUGUCUGCUAACCAUUGUGGUGGACCAAACAAUAUAUAAACGCAAAAGUAUCAACAAAGUUAAUAGCAAUCAAUAGUAAUAUUAAUAUUUACAAGUUAAAUGUUACAAAUGCAAUAACAAAUUAGGGACGUUACUUAAAUCGGCUAGUCGUUGCGUGUUCUGUUGAGUUUUGGUCUCAAAAAUCCACAAUUAUAAAUGCAUAAUAAUUCCACAGAGGUAAAUAUGACGCCAAUAAGUUUCUUUGAUGUAGGAUAUAAUGGGAAUGACACUGCAGUCUGAAAUGAGGAUAAUAUCCAGUUUAGAACGCAAUUGACUUGGUAACGAGCGAGAAUAGAACAAUGGGUAUGUGCGUAAUAGUGUAUUUGUGAACAAUCGAAAAUGUGUGUCACGCUAUGUUAGAAUUACAACGGAAAAAGCGUUCAAGGUCGUUGACUAAAACAACACGUACAGUCAUUUAAUGAUAAAUGUACAUACAGUGAAAAAUUGACAAAACAAAUAGAAAUAACAUUGAAAACUAUUUACAAAAUAAGGUUGUCAGGUCUAUCUCCACAUAGCUCCCCCCAGAGUGUCCGGAGGUAACACUGGUUACAAUAACAAUAAUAAAAAUUUUAUACCAAAAAAAAAAUAUUUACAAUAAUAACCAAUUAACAAUGUGGAGAUGCGUAUGACAUGUACGUUAACAAUAUACAGUGUGUUAUUGAGUGAAAAUAGUGGUGAUAUGGCAUAGCAUGACAAACAAAAGUAAUGAGAAUACCGUCAUUUAAAAGCUUGGUUUGCUAACAAUGAUAAUAAUGUGCAGACUGUUACUGACCCCCCCAAAAAAAUGAACUGCUUAUUUUUGUGUGUGUGUGUGUGUGUGUACAACAAAUGAAUAAUUAAAUAGAGUUUACUCGUUUAUUAUUGUAACAAAUUUUUUUCUAUGAAAAAAAAAUGUGACAAAACGAAUAAUUGUGGGAAAAAAAUAUGGUUAAUUAUGUACACUGUGAAAAAAAAAUCAUGGAUUUUGUUGGGAAAAAUCGGGUGAGUAUAAUCGUAUAGUACAUCAGUAAUUGUUUGUUUAGAUUUUUUUUAUUCGGCGAAAUGUACAUAGCGUUUGGGUUUUUUUACGGCUCUGCCUGAGCGCGUUAAACAAGUAGGUUUGGUACUCAGUUUUUCUUCCCUGUCUGCUGUAGUGGUGGUUGCUGGACGGGGCUGGUUCAGUGAAAUAGUAUGUUCUUUGUCAAGUUGUGCUUCG